GUCAGCUCUAACACAAACCGAAACAGAAGGUGGAGGCAUAGAAAUUUUUUCAUUUGCUCCUAUUUUGUGGACAAUUGUAUUUAAAUAAGCUGAAAACAAGGGAAUACACUCUAGAAACGUCACAGUUUUAUAUAUAAACACCCCCAUGAAUACGCAUACGCCGCGUAACAUGGACUCCCGCUAUGGACGGAGCUUUUCAGGGGGCAGCAAUAAUAACAGCAAUCAAUACAGACGCUACAGUCGUUCCCGUUCAAGAUCCCGUGAACGCAGUCGUGAACAUGCUGGUUACAGGCGACGUCAAUCUCGUUCCCGCAGUCGUGAUAGAUUUUCACACUAUCGACGUGAUGGUAGCACGGAACAGGAUUUAUAUAGAGAUCUAAUUGAUGAUGAUUAUAAAAAGGAAGGCAAUUAUAAUUCGCGGAACAACAAUUAUGAUCAUCGUCAACAUCGCCGAGACGAUAAUUAUGAUCGUCGUGACGAUAAUUAUGAUCGACGUGAUGAUAAUUAUGACAAUGAACGCGAUCAACGUUGGAAAAACUAUGACCGUGAGCCCAGAGAACGCAAUAUGGACUAUGACAGAGGCAACGAUCGUGGAAGUCGCAGCGGUGGUAGCAAUAACAUGAAUAACAACAAUCAGAACAAUGGGAAUGGCAACAAUCGAGAACGUCGUGAUUCGCGGCGCUAUUCCUCGGAUGAAGAUAGCUAUAUGAGCGAUGAUAGUCAAUAUCGUCGUAAACAUACGAGGACAAGCAAUGAGGCCCUCAACAUUAUAAUUAUAUUUGGACUAAAGAAGCAUGUUACGGAAGCGGAUAUUUGGGCUGCUUUAAUACAAGUGAAUAUGGAGCCAGCAUGUAUACGUGUGAUUAGGAAACAGCCAACAGGUGCAUCACGCGGUUUCGCAUUUGUCGAGUUUAAUACCGUUGAGGAAGCCAGACAUUGGAUGGAAAUAACUCAGGGUUCACUACAAUUGGGCGAUCAGCGAGUGUCCUUACAAUAUAGCCACAAGCGGGGAACCGAUUGGAAUUGCGUUAAGUGUGGUGCCUGCAAUUUUAAGAGACGCUUCUACUGCUUCAUGUGCAGCUCGUCACGUACGGAGAGCGAAGGCGUUGGCGAGGGGGCCGAUGAGAUAAGCCAUAUAUUAACAAAAAAGAUUAUGUUACGCAAUCUGGAUGCCUUGACCAAUGAGGAGGGCGUGCUGACUGCUCUGCAGAAAUUCGUGCCUCAGUUGGCUAAAACUGUCAGUAAAGUGCUCAUCAGUCGGGAUACAUUGACCCAAGCAUCGCGUGGCAUUUGUUAUCUUUACUUUGAGACACUCAUCGAUUCAAUGAAUGUGUACAAUGGAUUGACAGCCCUGGAUCCACCCUUAACCAUAGAUGAGAGGAAUGUUGGCAUUUCUUAUAGCAUUGACUUUGAGAAUCGUCAGAUUGGACCCAAGGAUGUGCCGACUGCUGCUAGUUCGGGGAAUUUGCCAUCUACUGGUAAUGUAGAUCUGUCAGCGGUUCCACCAUCAGGAGCUGGAGGCACAUAUACUCUAGCUGAUGUACCACGUCUGGCCGAGUAUAGUGCCUCUUUGUAUGCCUCGAAUCCUGCAGAGAAGGCCCAUUAUGUUCAGUACUAUAGAGACUACUAUACAUCUGAAAUUGCCAAAGGCAAUAUGGGCGAUUCCCAAUUAACAGAGGCCAAUUCUGGAGCAGCUGUGGCCUUGUCGGCUAUACAAAGGCAACAAAAAAAGCUAAACAGUAUUGAGACAACGGCCACAUCAGCAGCUUCAGCUGCAGCCCAGGCGGCAGCGGUGGCAAAAGCUUCAUUUGCUGCCACGACCAGCACCGCAGCAAAUCUCAAUACGCCCAAAGGCAACGAUGGCAAGAUUUAUCCCACACCGGAUGUUUCACGUUAUCAGUAUGAUGAGACUUCGGGUUACUAUUAUGAUCCAAGUACUGGACUGUAUUAUGAUGCACAUUCUCAAUAUUAUUACAAUAACGAGACGGGAGCUUAUUUAUAUUGGGAUCAGCGUCGAAGUACUUAUAUAUUGGCCACUCCUGCCUCCACACAGGCGGCACUGAAAGAGGUCUUAGCCCAAGAGCCACAGCCCGAGGCCCGAGAGGAUGACACCAAUGCAAAGAAGGAAAAAUCCAAGGACAAGGAAACGGGUUUCAAGCAUGAUAAGGUCAAGGUGGCAAAGAAAAUUGUCAAAGACAUGGAAAAAUGGGCCAAACAAUUAAAUCAGAAAAAGGACUACACGGUGGUGGCUACACCACAACCCAUUUUGGGUACAGCGGGCACAUCGAUACCAACUGAUGGGCCCAGCACUUCACGUGCAGCUGCCCAUAGUAGUGGUGGCUAUGCCGAUGUAGGCUUCUCCAUUUUGGAGAAGAAAGAAAGAGCUAAAUUGAGUGAUUUUGUGGCACCAACUGCUCCAGGUGGAAUGAAUAAAUUGGUGAAUGCAUAUGGCGGGGGUUCAGACUCGGAGGAGGAUAAUUCGUCAGCAAAUCAGGCCACUUCUGUUGGCGGAGGAGCUAAUGGACCAAUUGAUGAAAUGGAUUAUGUGGACUUUAAGAAACUUACUUGCCUAUUAUGCAAACGUGCUUUCCAAUCUCUGGACAUACUCCAGAAGCAUUUAAAAAUGUCGAAUUUGCACAAAGAGAACCUUGCCAAGUUGAAUCAGAACUCAGCGGGCAGUGGAGAUGAUGCAGCUGGAGGAGGAUUAUCCUAUCGUGAUCGGGCCAAGGAACGUCGACUAAAGUAUGGUGAAAGUGAUCCUCCACCACCCAAUCGAAGUCGGGAGCGCUUUGAAAUCGAGAUGAAGCAAAUGCAGACACGUCAAAAGGAUAAUAAUCCAGCUCCUGCCAUGCCCAUCAGUUCUAGCAAUGUGGGCAGUCGUCUUUUACAGAAGAUGGGUUGGUCUGAGGGUCAAGGCUUGGGACGUAAGAACCAAGGACGUACCCAGAUCAUUGAGGCCGAGGCACGCUCCAACAACGUUGGCCUGGGCAAUAAGGCUGGCCAGUUCGCACCUGGCAAUGAUUACAAAACUUACAUCAAGAAAAUGAUGAAACAACGCUAUGAAAAUGCUUGAACUUAAAUAAUUAAUUCGUUUUUUUUUAUUUAUUUCUAAUCUUUUUAUUAAUAUUUUUGUUUUGCAUUGUGUAGGGAAACUGAAUCGUUACCUCAACUUUUCAUACAUACGCCUAAUUGUCAUUACGCUCAUUUACACACUAGCUAAAAUUAGUAAAAUAAUGUAUAUAAUAAAGAUAUAUGUAUAAAAACA